AUGCUGAGAAGGCUGGCAACACAGGCACAGCACCUCUGGGUGCGUAUCGCACCACAUCUGCACUUCAAGAGCUGCAUCCUAGAUGUCUACGCAGAGGUGCUCAAUCCCGAGUUUGAUUUGAAGCUCAUUGAGAUCAACCCCUGGGGCGCUCACUCCGGGUCAGGCAGUUUGCUCUUCCACUGGCUCGACGACGCGGAUAUCCUUGAUCCUCGACAGCCCGAUGGCACGACUACGAUAAGACUCGUAGAAGCUCGCGAGGCGAAAGCCCUCACUCGCGAUGAGGCGUUUCAGAUUGGUCGAGGUGGGAUUAUUGAAGACGAGCUGCGGUGUUUGCGGGAGAGGGGGCUUGAGUGGGUUCUGAAUGAUGAUAGAUAUGCUGAAUUUAUGGCUUUACCUGUGCCGGAUGGGCAGUCUGGCCUUACGACGAGAAAAGAUGGUCUUAAGAUCUUUCGGAAAGGAUUAGUUGGGGAGGUUACGGGGGUGAGGCCGAGGGACCACCCACGAUUUCUCAAGUUGAAAAGGGCGUACGAAGCUACCCGUUGA